CUCCGUCGGUCUCGCGUGUCAGAACCCUGAAUUUGCUGUGGGAAUUGAGACAGUUGUCCCAAACAUUAAUUUUUUGUCUUCGAUCGCCCCACAAUGUAACGGACGUUUGCCCGCUCUCUCAAAGUUAGGCACGAAUCCAAACAUAAAUCUUAAUAAUUCCUUCCAAAUCCAAACCCAGCUUUAGCUUUAAUCCUCGUUUUCUCUUCACUUCACUGGGAUUUUUGAGAUUCUUGCCUUCUUUUCCACUUCACCGCUCCCAAAUUGUGUGUUCUGAUGCAAGAAAUCUAAGCACUUCACACUUCUUCUCGGAAGGCCUAUCAGGAGAAGAUGGAGAAGCAAAUUACAAGACUUUGCUGCAAGAAUCAACUCUGGUUGGUCAUUCUUGUUUCCUUUGUUUUCUGCUUUGUGUUGUUUUGCUUUGAUUAUUCAGUUCUAACUGGAACCCAAGAAAGGGUCACUGCUUUUGUUAGCAACUAUGAAAAUUCAAACUCUGCCCAAAAAUCCAAACCCGUCCAGGUCCCUGAAAAUCUCAAAGAAACCUCCAUUAAACCCAUGAAAACUGAUUAUCAUAAGGAUUCUUGUUUGGGUCGAUACAUUUAUAUUCAUCGUCUUCCUAAGAGAUUCAACCAAGAAUUGCUUGACAAUUGUGGGUCAAUCACAGUAGGGACUGAGCAUAACAUGUGUCCUUACUUGGUUAAUUAUGCUUUGGGUCAUGAGGUAGAAAAUUCUCAAGGAAUUUUGUUAAACAAGAGUUGGUACUCUACCAAUCAAUUCUUGUUAGAAGUCAUUUUUCACUACAGAAUGAAGAAAUACAAAUGCUUGACUAAUGAUUCUUCUCGUGCCUCUGCUAUUUAUAUCCCAUUUUAUGCGGGUCUUGAUGUUAGCGGAUACCUUUGGGGUGUUAAAACAUCAGUGAGAGAUCAAUCUGCUUUUGAUCUAGUCAAGUGGCUUGUUGAAAAGCCUGAAUGGAAGAAAAUGUUGGGUAGAGACCAUUUCUUGGUUGCAGGGAGGAUUUCUUGGGAUUUUAGAAGGCAAACCGACAAUGAAUCUGAUUGGGGUAGCAAGUUUAGGUUCUUGCCAGAAUCUAAUAACAUGUCAAUGUUGGCAAUUGAGUCUAGCUCUUGGAACAAUGAUUAUGCCAUACCAUAUCCAACUUGUUUUCAUCCUUCAAAAGAUAGUGAGGUGUUGCAAUGGCAAGAUAAGAUGAGAAGACAAAAAAGGCCAUACUUGUUUUCUUUUGCUGGUGCCCCAAGGCCUGAUCUUCAAGAGUCUGUUCGAGGAAAGAUUAUUGAGGAAUGCCUAGCUUCAAAGAACUUAUGCAAGUUGUUAGAGUGUGAUUAUGGUGUUAAUGGUGCUAUUAAUUGUGAUAAUCCAGCGAAUGUGAUGAAAUUGUUUCAGAAUUCAGUUUACUGCUUGCAGCCUACAGGUGAUUCAUACACUAGGCGAUCCAUAUUUGAUUCGAUUUUGGCAGGGUGCAUUCCAGUUUUCUUUCAUCCAGGCACUGCUUAUGCUCAGUAUAAGUGGCAUUUACCAAAGAAUUAUAGUAAAUAUUCUGUUUACAUACCUGUGAGAGAUGUUAAAGAUUGGAAAACUGGCAUAAACGAGACAUUACUUAGAAUACCGCAGGAUAGAGUAAUGGCCAUGAGAGAGGAGGUUAUAAAGCUCAUUCCAAGGAUCAUAUAUGCAGAUCCCAGGUCUAGAUUGGAGACCUUUGAAGAUGCAUUUGAUUUAGCAGUCAAGGGAAUUCUUGAGAGAAUAGAGAGAGUUAGGUGGGAAAUUAAGGAGAGAAAGGAUCCUAGCAUUGGAUUUGCAGAAGGGGAUGAUUACAAGUAUACUUUUUCUGGUUAUGUAGGAGAAGAGUGAUUAUGCUUGUAAUUUUAAUCAUUAGUGAAUGUUCUUCCAGUAAUUAUUAGCAAACAAGUGAUAUAUGUAGAUCAUAUAUACAAGAGAAUAUCCAUAUUACAGUUC